UGGUUACUGCUGGUGCACUCAACAAGCCUUAGUGAAGACCGCUGCUGCCAUAUUUGAAGAGUGCGCUCCUACUCUCCGCAGAUCGAUUUUGUCUAUUAUUUUGGUAAUUGCACAGUGGGAUCAGUAUACUUGUGAAAUAUGUGAUUGCGGACAUUUGUACCACAUGUUAAUAAUAUAAUAAAUACACAGGAAAGGCUAGAUAUACGUCAGCGAGUGAUUAAACGUGUGCAUUCAAAUAAGAAAUGGUGGACGGACUGGCGAUUGUUCAUGUUUGUGGCAAGGAGUGCCUCUUUUAUGCUAUUUAACGUUAAGUUACAGUGUCGAAGGGUAUUUAUUUACCACCCAGAGUGUGUAUAUCAAAGUGUGGCACACGAAAUGCCCCGAACGGAGGAGAAAUAAGAGUGUUAUUAGUGUUUUGGGGCGAGUGUUUUGACCCUUGAGGGCGGGUCCAUUUUGCCGCGCGGGGGAGGACACACUCUCGCCCAGACGGCCAAAACGUAAACAAACUUAGUGUGAGAUCAAUAUAUUCCCUACAAAUAUUAGGCACAUGCUGCUUCACUUCAAUGAAACCCAUCAAGAAAUCAUCCUUUAAGGGACCAUUUGACACUAUAUCGUCAAAACCCGAUUGAUUUAGGUCUCUAGAAAGUGUCGAAAAAGGAAGUGGUGGAGGUUCUCCUCCUGUGUCAGUGGAAGAAGGCAGGAAGGAAGGAAGGAGGAAGGCCGUAUAGGAGGAGCAGGAAUCCGUUGCAACGGCGUAGGACUCUCUUAAUCCUCAUCUCACGAUGAUGCUAAGACUAAGUUGAUGAGUUGGUGUGAUAUUUUAACGCUUAGGUAAACGACAAAGGCUCCUGGAAUGGUCUCGUCGUCGUCGUCGUCGUGGUGUGAGUGUUUGAACAGCCACCAAAUAUGCAGGAGGAUGAAUCAGCUGAUGGUGCACAUUCACUGAUCAUAAUUGCAAGGGGACCAAGGAAGAAGAGAGGUGUAGUUUUGUUAGCCCAUCCAUGGAUUGUGUGAUGAGUCUUGGAAAUGUUUUAAGUUGUUGAGUACGACCAUGGUGACCCUCUAGGAUAUAUAGCCAAGCACUCGUGAAUCUCAAACAUAUCACUGGAAUAACGCGAGACACUGAAGGUAUCUUUAGGAAACUUACAGUUAGAAAUUUUUAAGUGGAUAAAAUCUAGGUCCGUAUGAUACUAUAAGAAAAUAGGAAAGGCUGUGAUUGAGUAACUGUGAUCCCUAGAAGACAAAUUGUAUUUAAGGUAUAGCCUAGGUUAGGCUAAUCAGGUUUGGUUUGAUGGACUUUGGAAAAGGGAUGACCAGUGGAAAUAAGAGAAAGAAGUGUUAGUGAUUGAUGUGGUGUUGGUGGUGAUUGGGAGGUGGACGUUCCAGGAACAUCCUGGACAGUGAAAGGCAGCAGCCGAGAGAGCCUGGCAGGUGCGGGGAUAGCCAGUUUAGGGGAGUGCGAGAACUCAGGUGGGGCCGGGCCGGGCCAUGCAGGCGGGGGUGCCAUGGUGCUGGUGAGUGGGGGAGGGGGGGACGGCUCGGGCGCCGCAGCAGCCAGUGGGCGAGUGGGAGGGGCGGCCGCGGCAGCCCAAGCCAUGGACAAGUCCUGGGGGGUGACCGUGGCCCCCCCUAAUCAGCACAAGCGGCAUGACCCCUGGCACAAACAUGAGCUGGCAGAUAAAGAAAGAGCCAAGCAAAUGCGGGAUAUGGGAGGAGGGUAUGGUGGACGUGCUAACCUGCUGUAUGGAAAGCUGUGUUCAGAGGACCAGUUACAACAAUUGGGGGUGUCGCUGGAGCAUCGUCCACCUGAGGAGCAGAUAUCAUCCUCCCAUCCUACUUCUCACCAACCUCCCCCACAUGGUUCGGUAGGUGGGAGCCAGGCUGCAGUUGGCGGUGGAGGUGCCUACAAGUCAGUCCCACUACAGGCAAUACACCGUUCUCCUGCAGAGAGAAGGUAUAGAGACCCAGCACAGGGCCCCUUACGGAAACUUUCGGUCGAUCUCAUCAAAACGUAUAAGCACAUUAAUGAAGUUUACUAUGCGAAAAAGAAGAAGAGAGCCCAGCAAACUCAGGGCCAGUCUCCAAGUAUGCACAAAAAAGAGCGGAAGGUCUACAACGAUGGUUAUGAUGAUGAUAACCAUGAUUACAUCAUAAAGUCUGGAGAAAAGUUUGAAGAUAGAUACGAGAUUGACUCCUUAAUCGGGAAAGGCUCCUUUGGUCAGGUUGUAAAAGCCUAUGACCAUGAAGAACAGACUUGGACGGCAAUCAAGAUAAUCAAGAACAAAAAGCCGUUCUUAAAUCAGGCCCAAAUUGAAGUAAAAUUAUUGGAGAUGAUGAAUCGGGCGGAUUCAGACAACAAGUAUUAUAUAGGUAAAGACAAGAUAGUACGGUUGAAACGACACUUCAUGUGGCGGAAUCACCUGUGCCUAGUGUUUGAGCUAUUGUCGUACAAUUUGUAUGACCUUUUGCGCAACACUAAUUUUCGUGGCGUGUCCCUCAACCUCACGCGCAAAUUUGCACAGCAGCUGUGUACUGCGCUCCUCUUCUUAUCCACGCCAGAGCUCCAAAUCAUCCAUUGUGAUUUGAAGCCAGAAAAUAUCCUAUUAUGCAAUCCUAAAAGGAGUGCUAUUAAAAUAGUGGAUUUUGGGAGUUCCUGUCAGAUGGGACAGAGGAUAUACCAGUACAUUCAGUCAAGGUUCUAUCGAUCACCUGAAGUAUUGCUAGGUAUCCCAUAUAACAUGGCCAUUGACAUGUGGAGUCUUGGUUGCAUACUGGUUGAGAUGCAUACAGGAGAACCUUUAUUCUCUGGGGCUAAUGAGGUUGACCAAAUGAACAAAAUUGUAGAGGUAUUAGGAAUGCCUCCUAAGCAUAUCCUUGAUAUGGCUACUAAAGCACGUCGCUAUUUCGACAAAUUGCCGGACGGAACUUAUAUCCUCAAAAAGCCUAAAGAUGGCAAGAAGUAUAAGCCACCAAUGAGUCGCAAAUUGAGGGAUAUAAUUGGAGUAGAAAGUGGUGGGCCUGGAGGUCGCCGCCUCAAUGAACAAGGUCACUCUGUUUCAGAUUACCUGAAAUUUGAGGAUUUAAUUAAGAAAAUGCUCGACUAUGAUCCAAAAACGCGGAUAACUCCAUACUAUGGCUUGCAGCACAAUUUCUUCAAGCGAACGAGUGACGAAUCCACCAACACAAGCAACUCCACCAGUCCAGCAAUUGAGCACACAGUGGCCUCUCCCAUCAACCAUUCAACCUCACAACCUGUUGUGGUGUGUGGUCGUGCACGGUCAGACCCGUCUCACCAGCACACUCACACGGGCCACUCUCACGGGGCUAUGGACUGUGAGGUAUUUAGUCAUCAUGCAGCUCAUCCUCCACACCCUGCCCACCAUCCUCGCCAUGUGCACCCAUAUCAUGCCCACCGUUGCCGACCGCUUGACCCUCGCCCGUUGGAUGCAACGGGGCGACCUCAGCCACAAGCCACUACUGGGAGUAGCUGUGUGGCUGCAGCUGGAGGAACUUUGCCCCCUACAGCAGUAUAUGCUGCCCAUCCAUAUUUACCCAUGGCAUUGGACUGCACCCAGACUGGAUCUGUCAACAUUCCACUGGCACCUAGCAGUAGCAGCAGUGCAAGUGGACCACCACCAACAGCGUAUCAAUAUCCUAGUGUGCCCUCAUUCCCACCUUCCACCUCAAGUACCACUGGUGGAGGAGCAAGUGGAGGCCAAGGAAGCAUGGUUGGUUACACUUAUACAAGCGGUUCAUUAGUGCCGGUUGUGUCAGGGGGCCCCAGUGUACUGUAUGAAGGGACGCGCCCGCCCGGAGGACAUCUUGAACAGCCACAGCCGCUGCCUAUGCCACAGCCUGGAGGAACUUCGUCAUCAUCAUCAUCAGCAGUAACCAGUGGAGGUGCAGUAGUGCGUGUAGGACAGAGACAGAGCAGCAGUAGUGGCCGUACUGAAGGAGGAGGUAGUGGGGGAGCAAGUGCAGGGGGAGAAGAUAGUCCUAUGGUGGUGCAGCAUAGCCCUUUGGCCAGUCAUUAAUGGCUGGGCUCACCUAGCAACCUGCUCAACAGUGAUCUUUGGAUAAUAGCAGCUAGGCUGAAGACAGUGAAACUGAUUACAGCCUGGCCAUAGAUAGAGCUAGGCCAGCGGCCACAAUAUGGUGCUGGAUCGUGUUGUGUGCCUCGUGUCAUGUGAGCCUGUGAGAUAACACUCAAGAGUGGAGGCUGGCGGGACCCCACCCACAUACCAAAUUGACUGCUCGGCUCCCCUCUCCUUAUUGGCGUGCUUUUAUCGUUAUUUAUUACUUGCUAGUGAGGAGUGUCCUGUGGGUAGGUAACCUUGCAUGCUAUGUGCUAGGCUAUCUGGGUGUCGAGCAGACUUUGUUGGCUAAUCCAGUCUCAGGAACUCCCUCCCCCCCACCGCCACCACCACGUCUUUGAAACCCCCCACAUCUUUGAAACCCCCCAGCCAUGUAACAACAGUCCUCAACUACCACAUCCAGCAGAAUAUCAAUAAAUCCAACACAAUGCCUGCCUUUGAAGCAAUUUUGUGCAGCAGACACACCUCCCUCAUUUACUCCCAUCUGAUGCAUCAACCAACUUUUGAUUUAUGAAUCCAAUACUCAGGAGGCGCAUACGUUACGAGUUGAUUUAAUACCAUUCCCCAAAAUCUUGCUGGUGGACUAAAAAAUUUCUUAACAAAUUUCAGAGACUGAUCGAGUCCACAAUAAUCUGCCCACUAUUUGACAUAUAUAGGCCUAGUUGGUUCGUGAAGAAGGCCAUAGCAACCAUUCAAAAAGUUUCCUGUAUGGAGUGAUGAGUAACCUUUAUCCCUCCCUUUUAUCCCUCCCCUCACAUUUCAUCGCCCUUAUUACCAUACAUUGUAUGCCCUAAGUUAAUUCAUCCGAGAGUGGUCAUUCCCCCUCCCCCCAGUGUUUACAAUUCACUGAACGCAGUUCCUCCCAUUGUUGGUGCAUCAUUUGAGCAGCAAAUAAACCUCCCCCAACACCCAGCUUCUGGCCAGCUGGACAGUGCUCAGUCUGAUAGCAGCUUAUAUAGUAAAUACUGUAUAGAAUUUCUAUACAGUACUUAAAGCAAGCAAAAAACUUCAAACAAGAAAUGUCAUGGAGCAGUUUGCUUACAUACUGACUUCUGGUAAAUCUGGAAUUUUCUGACCUAAUUCCUUAUCAACAUCAUGCCAAAGACCUAACGAUACCUUCAUUCCUAUAGUAUUUCCUCAGCAAGUUGUGUAACAGUUUGUAAUUUGGGGGACCUCCAUUGGCAUAUCAUAUAUUACUGAAUGAAUCAUUUCAGUUUUUCUUUUAAUUUUCUAAUUUGAGAGAGUUGCUCACUUUUAAAUGUUGCUUUUUUCUUUUAGGUAUCUUAAGGAUUUUUUUCUUUUUAAUAUUUUGUCACUUUAUGUACCUUAUUGGUUUUUUUAACCAAUUGCUUGUUUUUAAUUGUCAAUCAAAAUUUUAGUGUGAUCGAUGUGAGAGAGCUGCUAAUUUCAUUGCGAAAAUUGAUGCUUGACAGAACAUGAUGGGGUUGUUCCUUGAAAAAAGUAAGGUAUUUGAAAUUAAGUUGUCUUUUUUCCGUAGCAUAAUUAGUUGGUAUAUGAACAUAUCACAAAGAAUUGUGAAUACAGAAGAGAACCAUUUGUCAAUUUUACAGGAUUAACUUUAGAUUUUUAAAUACUAUUAAAUUGUUAAAAGUUUUAGGUAGAUAAUUGGAUUUAGUUAACUGUAGGUUUUACAUUAUCAAAUAUGUUUGGUGAUAUUUCAGAAUUAAGGUAAAACAUUGUUGAAUGAAAUUACUGUUUAACCUAGUUUAUACAGAUUAACUUUAUCUUUGUGUAAAUGUUCUUUUUAUUAGUUAAUUGUUUUGAAAGUACUGCUAUGUACUAUACAGUUAUUUGAUGCCAUUCGUUAUGAAGUUGAAUAGCAUUUGUGUUUAAGUUCAGUGAAAUUUAAGUCAAUUUGGUCAAUAAAUUGUCAUAUUAGAUAUCUAUUAAAUUACAUAUGACAACUUCAGAUUUUAUUCCUCAGAUGACUAUGAUUGCCCAUGUUCAGUUUUGUUCCAUCAUACGGUUGGUUGGCUUACAUAAAGCUACAGUUCAGUGCUUUGUGCUCUCAUAUGAUGUUUUUGUGUGCUGUAAAAUUUUUCCAUUACCCCUUUCAUGUUCUCUUGUGGAGUUACAUCUGAGUGUUCAGAGUUCUACCAACAUUAAAUAGUCUUUGAUUUUAUUAGUUUACUUGUAUUAUUAAGUAACUGCUGGUCUAGAAUUCAAAAUUUAUGACAUCAUGUUCCUGCAGUUAAUAAAAUAGAUUAUGAUACGUAUGUGAAUUACAGCACUACAGAUACUAGUAUAGAAAUCAAAUGCUUUAUUUUUUGUUUAUACAAAUGAAUUUUAAUGAGUUUUUUUAUGAUGAAAGGGCACAUUUCACACGUAAAGUUUUUAGAAAGCACAGUUGAUUUACUGUAACAAUAACCAACUUUAUGUUUGUUGCAGAUCUAUACAUGGCCAGAUCCUGUAAAACCUAAAUAAUGGGGAGAAAUGUGGGAUUUACUUUUUUCCAUAAUCUCUUCUAGCAUUAAUUUUCCCAGUCCAUUGGAAAAAUAACUGGUUUUCCAUCAGUAGUGUUUCAGUAUAGGGCAUUUAUUCUAUUGAUUGGUCAUAUGUACAUCAGGGUAUGUAUAUUUCAUCUCCCAGGGGAUUCAUUCAUGGAGGUUUAUAAUGAAUUCUAGGACAAGUUUUACUCAAUGCUGUCAAGACUUUCUUACUGGCAUAUGCAGUAAGCCUCAUAUUGUAUAUUAUGUGAAAAUGGUAGUCAGUUGAAUAAUGCCCUUGUUCUUUCUUUUUUAUUAUUUUUAUUAUUUUAUAAUGUGUACAUUUGCUCACAGUGGCAUACCUUUUGUGAACGCAGAGCUCACUCACAGUCAGUGUGCGCGGUCCAUGAUGUGUACAUAGUCUAGCGGCUGUUGGGAGACAGGGUGGUAGGUCAAUGUCAGACAGUAGGCAAGGUCAACAGCUUUCUGAAUCUUCAAAAUACAUUUUGUUGAUCUUCCUUUAUGUAGGUUGAUUGCAAACUCUUUUUUGGAAAUUCACACAGCUGCAGAACUGCCUCAGACCAGUUAACGUUAAAUCAAUUGAAGUUUGGAGUGGUUGUAUCAGUGCAUGACAGAAACCAAACCUGAGACUGUCCUCUAUACCGUAUGACCUCAGUGCUCAGUGGCUUGGGGCUGCCUUUGAUGACAGGGCACCAUAGUGAUCCAUGAGUCCUACUGACCUUCAACAAAAAGUGCUGUGUUGUGUCACUCUUUGGUCCUCCUGUCUUGUGGCUCAUACUGUGGGAAGAGAGAAGAGUGAAAGGCAUCACACUACCUUGUGUGGUGUUAUUUUGCUAUUGACUCGGAUUUUAUGAGGAUAAACAAGUAUGACAGCUGUAUUAUUUAUUAUAAAGUUUUUUUGUCAUUCAUAAUUGGCAAGGAUUAUGAUUAAUAUUGUUAAAUUUUACUUGGCUUUUAGGUGGUUGUGUGAAAUAAUCAGUGUAAUGUUAAAAGUUUUUAAAAGUAAUUUUUCAUGAAUAGGCUUUAUUUAUGUGCUUCAUUGAAAACUAUAACUGUGAUUAUGAUUGAGGAACAGAUUGUAUCAACUCCUAGUAUCUUGGAGUAAAGUGAGAUUGAUAGAAAGGUUGCAGUGAUGAACCACCUCUUUUUUUAUGAAAAAAUUAUUCAUUUGUAGAGUAGAAGUUACAGAUCUAUAAGAAGUGAAUCCCAUAAUCUCAUAAAAGCUCCCAGAAAUUAUGGAAUAGUGCAAUGUUUGUAUGCUAGUGGAAGUUGGUUGAUCUUGAGGCAAUUCCAGCUCUCCUAGCAUGGCAAAACACUUGCUUGUAAUUUUGUUGCCUCAGUCUGUCCUUGUGUAAUCCCCAAACCAUCUGUUUACAUUAUCAUUUUGUACGAAAGGUAAUGUAGAGGUAAAUUUAUAAUAGUUUAAAUCUCAAGGUAGAAAUUCUCAUGCAUCUAAAUUGUUUUCCUUUUCACAAGAAUGCAAUGACGGAGAAGUUAAGCUUUUGUGGCACUGUCAUAUUUAGGUAACUAGGUGGUUUAUACUUCCUACUGGUUUUCCAUAACCUAUUGGUUAAUGUUUACCAGUUAUAUCCACAUGCCUUAGGUUCUCAACCAAGGACUCUGGCUGUAAUAUGCCAUUGCUGAUGGUGCACUGUUCCAACUAGAACACAGCACUGGCAGCCCCUUCCCUGAGAAAACCCCCCACUCAAUGGCCACACUUUCUAUCUUCUUCAUCAUCAGCAGCAGUAGCAACAAGAGUAGCAGUCAGGGAUUGUAAUUGAUUAUAUAUAUAUAUAUAUAUAUAUAUAUAUAUAUAUAUAUAUAUAUAUAUAUAUUAUAUAUAUAUAUAUAUAUAUAUAUAUAUAUAUAUAUAUAUAUAUAUAUAUAUAUAUAUAUAUUCAUAUCCAUAUCUAUAUCCAUAUAUCCAUACAUACUUACACACACAUAUACAUAUACACACACACACGCACACAAACAUCGAGUGAUCGUAAGGAAAUUUGAACAAUGGUGUGCAGGGUCUUUCAACUUUAUGCUAAAGUAUUUUUGAGCAAAAUGCCCAAGAGUAAAAGGAAAAGAUCUAGUGUUCCAGUGCCUGUUUCCUGGUGGUCAUAUACUUUGUUUAUAUUUUUUAUUACAUUUUUCCCAUAUAUAUGUGUGUGUGUGUAUGUACUUUGCUAAGCCUUAAAAAUUUAGUAAUUUCAUAUUUCAAUCAGUUUACAGAAUUGAGGUAUUAAAAUUUAAUAAACAUUUAUAUUUGAAAUUUGGAUGUUAAUAAAGUUGCAUUUUGUAUUCAUAGUUAAAAUUUCCUUAUGAAUGCACUGAUAUUUAGUUUGAUAUUUAUGUGAAAGUUGAAACUGUAUACUGUAACACGAUAAGGUAUUGUUUGUUGCAGUGACCUUAUACCCUAUUCCUUAGUAUCUAGUCAGGGAGGGAGACACAGGAAUGAAUAUAUUUAAAAGUGGCCAUUGGGUGAAAUGGGUGGGUAAGGGAACAUUUUCAUUGGCUCGUUGACCUGUGGUGCUCUAAAGAGUACGAGGUGCCACUGCCCUCGGGAAUAUUCUCCUCUUGUGUGCCGUGGCAGACCAUCAUGGAUCUGUGAUGUAUUAUAUUUUGAGUUGAGAAGCUUACUCUUUAUUCCUCUGUAAAGGAUUUUAGAUUAAAAGUUAGUCCAUGAUGGUCAGUAUGCCAUAUGUGCAGCAGGCAAGAUAAAUAGUCCAGUGCCAAAAUUCAAGGAAAACCUAUAGUUUUAUAAAAAGUUUUUCAAAUUCAGAAAGGAAUGGCACAAGACAGGGUUUUCCUUGUUCUAGAGGCUUGGAGUACCCUUGUGGGUGGCAGCAGAGCCAUGAUCUGGGCACUUACACAUUGUUGGCAAAAAUUGUUGUUGGGGUUCAGAGAUCUAGAAUGUUGAUAGAAAAUAUACAACAGGUGGCUCAAAAUUAAAUUCAUCAAAAAGAGUUUAUCUCUCUUUGUUAUUUGAGGAAUUUAAUUUUAAAAAUGUAUCCCUUUUAGAAAGUUUAUCUUGCAAGAAUUUUAUCAAAAGGAUUCCCCAACUCCAGUUGGCUUUCAAUUUUGUUUCCUAAUACAUGAAUAUUAAAUGAAAUCAUAAGUGCAAUGCUAAAGUAUCUUGUCAGCAUGCUGAGAUCUCGUUACCCCUGAUGUAUUUGUGAUUUCUCUGCGUGUGAUCCUGUUAAAGUGGUCAGUGUGACGAUGGAUAGUAAAGAAUGAAUAUUUCAAAAACAGGUCAAAAUGAUUUUUAGAUCUUAACCGACUUGUAUAAAUGAGACUCCUUGCUGUGCAUUUGCUCAUAGCUUGGGGAAAAUGUUUGUUUAUAAUCAUAAGUUGUAGUCUUCAUAAUUUAUACAUACAGAGAUAAAUAAUUGGAGUAGAACAUUAGCUGUAGGGUCAUAAACAAUUCAAUUGCCAAGAUAAUGAAGCAGCCAGAGCCUUAUAUUUCAGCCUCCUUUGUGACACACUUAACAAGAAACUGGUACCGUAAAAUUAUUAUCCAGUUGGUAGGUUAUGCAUUCUUUUUAUUGAAGCUUUUAAAAGUUAGUCAGCAGGGAUAGAAAACUGUGAUUAAUACUUUCACAAGUGAAAAUGUGAAUUUGAAGUUUAUGGUAAUACAUAAUAUGAGCAUAUAAACACAAAUACUUUCACACUCGCUGAUAUGUUGAUUUUAUUAGUUUUAUCAUAUUUUCUUUCACUUUUAAUAUGAAAUGUUGUUGAAGGAAGAAAAAAAAAGUAAAAAUUUUGGCUGAUAUAUAAGGGUACAGGCUCUAGCAACAGUCCCCUGACUGCCUGACCAAACCUCUCAUCACUUCUUCCUCGCAGAUUUAGGAAAAAGAUUGGUGCUCAAAAAUUAAUCUGGGAUUCAGGGAGUAGUCUGUUUCGGUUGUCUGUGGAGGAUUAAAAAGUGAGUUAAGGAUUGGGAGGGCAGUCGCUGCUUCCCCGUUGGCUUGACCGGGCCCUGAAAAGGUCCACGCUGCUGAUUCUUGGACCAACGAGGUCAACUUGCUACUGCAACCGACCAAACCUGUGGUCUGACGCCGCUGUACCCGUUGCUACCCGUCUCCUAGACACAAAUAGAACAAAAUGUCUGCAACUUUGUUAUUAAAAAAUAAAAUAAUACUAAUGAGAA